AUGCCAUUCUCGCAGGGACUACGCCUAGACCUUAUGCAGCCAAUUAAGCCAUUAAAUCCAACUAAUGGACAGAUUAACGUGCAGCACGGUGAUAGUAUACACCUUCAGCCUCGGGUCCGUCGUGGUCGUAUCGAUAACCGCUCAUUGUACAUUUUUCACCGACAAAUGUGCCAUUUGCACACAUCCCAAGGGCGCCGUGGUUUGCCAUCCAACAUGCCCGAACCGUUCUUAACAGGCUUUGUCGGGAUAAUGAACUCCGGUAAAUUCCGUGAACAAAAUAUCAAUCGUUCCCGAGAGUAA